AUGGAUACAGAAAGACAGGGAGUACAAGAAAACAAUGAGACAAUAUUGGUCACCAUGACAGGCAGUGGCUUCUGCACACCAGCAGCAGCACUGUCACAGAACAGGAGAGUUUUAAGGAAGGAUUUGAAGGAGAAUAAAGAGCUGCUCCGUUAUGAACUCGAUGAUGGGGCUAGAGCGUCCCUCGCUCAGCGCUUGCCCGGCAAGUUUGACUGGCAUGGCGGCGGCGGGAAGCCCGGCGGGGUGAGUGAGGGGCGCUGCCGUUAUUGCCCCUUCUCCCCGGGGCGGAGCCCGAGCGGGCCCUUCGCCCCGCCUAAGUGUGCGCUAACCGCGUGCCCGUGUUUGUGUAGGGUGCCCCCGGGAGCGGAGGGAGCUGCUGAACCGGAUGGGAGCGCGGGGGCGAGGCCUAAAGGUGGAAGAGUUGUGAAGGCUCGCUACCUUCAAUAUGAUAGAAAACCUGUGGGGAAGAAUACCUCAGCAAAUUCCUCUGUAGUGUCUGGUGUAAAAAGAUCUGAAAAAGGGGAAACCCCAACUGGAAGAAAAGGUCUUUUUCAGAAAUGCAAAGCCACCACAAGCACUGCCCCUAGCACACUAAAUCGUACUAUCUUGGGAAAAGAUGACUUGCAGUCCACUUUAUUAGAGGGCCAUAAAAUUGCUCGACCUGACCUGGAUCUCUCAGCUAUUAAUGACAAAAGUCUCUUAAAAAAGAUUCCUGGUUCAAAGUCUCUCUUCAGAGCAGAAUCAAGAACACGAAAAAAAGAACAGAAUUCAAAAUCUUCUGAUCCUGAUGAUGUGAUUGGGAUGUUGGAAUCUCAGGCAUUGCUAUUAAUCUAUGCAUCAAUGAAGAUAGAAAAAAAUAUUGCCCAGCUGGAGGAGAAAGGUGAAAGAAACUUAUCAAUAUUGUGUGAAGAAAAGGAAAAACAGCAAAAAAAGCUGUACGAGCUGAAACGCCAACUAUUGCUCAAGAAGAGAGAGCAGAAGCUUGAAGAAGUGCUGGAUAAACAGAUUGAAGUCCUUGCUCCUCUUCUUACUGUCUGUGAACAGUUUAAGGAGGAGUAUAAAACCUUUGCGACUGCCCUGGAUACCACUAGACAUGAGCUUCCCAUGAAGAACAUUCACAUAGAAGGAAAUAGACACACAUAUUUGGAGGAUUUACAAAAGCAUUUAGCUGUCACACAAAGUCUUUUGGUGGAAGCUGCGCCUGGCUACUUGGAAGAAAAUUCAAAGGCAUUCCCAGUACUGAAAGAACUUAAGGAAGUUGCUCUCAAAAUGGAUGCAGAACUUGAAAGGAGCUUCAAGAAAGUACAGGACCUGUCCUUUGAAGUCAGUAAGGAAGUUUCUUUGCAUAACCAAAAAGUCUGUGAAGAGACCCAUGGAAUAGAGACCCUGAAACACUGGUACUUCGAUUAGCUUUGAAAUGUUCCUCAGUUAGUGACUUGAACACCUGUGGAUGCUAAACCAAGGCCAGGGAGCUGCACAGAAAAACAGAAUAAAGUUAAGGACAUCUGGCUGGUACAUUUCCUCACUUAAACGUAUGAUAAUUAUAAUACAUUCAUGAGACAUGAUGUGGAGCAUUCUUAUAACUGAACCAACAUGGCAUGAGUCCCUCAUUUUAGACUCAAACCCUCAGGCCUACAUCCUUUGUGGAAGCUCAUUGUCGGUUGGUCACUUAAAUGCUCAAAUGUGGAGUAAGAGCUAUAGGAAAUGUUACUGUUGACACAUUCAGUGCACGCAUCCAAUUUGUUUGUUUUCCUUGUGCCUCAUCUCAGCUGCAGCAGGGCAAGAGAUCUCUUCCCAAGGGAAAUGUGGCUCAGAGGUCAUUGUGUCAAUAUGUAGUUGCAGGAGCAAAUGUGUAUGCGACUGUGCAUUAUUGACAGUAGCCUGCAAGAGGGAUGCCUGAGCUAAUGCAGUGUGCACUGGUCAUUCAGUGAGGAAGUGUAGCAGGAAGUCUAAUCGCCCCUUUCCUAUGUGAUUUGGCAAGAGGAAAAGUCCAGAGAGAUGGCUAUCACUCUGUGGUAGUUAAAUCAAAUGAUGUUGAAGGGGGUGAACUGAUCACUGACUUCCCUGUAAUAUUGUGUUUGGCAAAGCUUGAAAACCUCGUGCUUAAAUUCUUGUUCUGUAUCUUAGUACUUCUUUUGUAUUAGGUUAGGUUUUGUUUGGAAGGAGAUCUAAUAUAUCUUUCUAAAACUUACUCUUGUCACUAAUGGCCUUAUUGUACAGUUCACUCUUGCCAGGUCUUGGAGAAGGUCGUGUACAACUUCCCAGAGCCCUUUAAAUACACACAAAUGUAAAAUAAACUUAUUUCCUGAACUGUCUGUUCUGUUUCCCCAUAUUAUUACUUUCUACAAGUU